AUGUCCGUAUCAACAUUCGUCCACUUUAACUACACAGCCCUUGAGGAGCUGAAAGUGAACAAAAAGUGUGUCGCGGAAGUGGUCAAGGGAGGUUCUAUCAAGCGCUGUGGGCAAUGGAUCCUUACAGACUCUUUUUGUACACUGAGGGUUCUCUACGAAAAUAACCAAGACACUUCCCGAAAUGAGCUUCCUCUCCGAGAGAUCGCGAAGCUAUGUCUCUGUAAGACGCAUCGCAAAGAACCGACAAACAUCUCGCGGGCUGUGGAGCAAUGGACCCGAGAAAUUAGCGAUCCAAGCUGCCCCCCCAACGAGGCACUGCCAGACACCAACCCCCCAUUGACACCACCAAAUAGGAAUGAUGGUCGACGGAGAUCGACUGUGUCUCCAGGCCGUUUCAAGGCAUAUAGUCGACAUGGCUCACCCCAGAAAGUUAACGAAAGGAUAAUUGAAGUCCUCAACCAGCCGAAAAAAAUAAAGCCCGAAACGGGGUUUGUAUACGUUUUUGCGGCUGCGAAUACCCCAAACAGAUUCAAAAUCGGAUAUACGAAAAAGCCCAAGGAUCGAUUUAGGGUGUGGUCGAAAUGUUACCCAGACCUAAUCGUUCAUAUCUUGAUUGAGUGCACUGAUGCCCACAAGGUGGAGGACCUGGUGCAUGCAGAGUUCGAUCUACAACGCCAAGAGCACAUAUGUGAAAUAUGCAAAUCGAAACCUGUUCACCAUGAUGAGUGGUUUGAAAAAGGGCUUGAGGAUAUUCGUCCCGUUGUCAACGGAUGGGUGGCGUUUGUGGAUUUGGCCUAUCUUGAUGAUGGGGGGAUAAAGCCUGAGUACCAAUCGCUAGCCCCAGCAUUGGCCGUAGACGAGGGGCGAUGGCAGAAGUGGAUCCAGGGAGAGCUCAACCGGAACAAGAUCGCCGCUUCCGCUGCUCCCGAAUUGGUGGAGGAUCUCACGGAUAGUGGCACCAGUGAAUCACCGGCUACCCCGAAGACCGAUUCCUCUGGUGCCUCCAAAGCACCACCGUCUCCCAUACUACUGCCCAUCCCAGGUGCAUUGCCGACGGUCGAAGAGCACGUUGGCUCACUGCCUUCUGCCAGAGAAAAUGCGGUGUCUCCAAAGCCACUAGAUGGGAAGGCUCCCAAGGGAGAAGAAGACAAGGUCACUCUCCUUGGCCUGGCUCGAGGUAUCAUUUCUAUGAUUGCCAGCGUUUCUGGCUGA